GCAUGCCACGUCGUCUCCGCUGCAUCUGCGUGUCUCCAACCUCCUUGAGCGGCGUCCUUUCUCCAGCCGCUUGACCGAUGCCCCGAUGCACUGACUACGCCGCGCCAAGCUCGCGUUCUCUGGAGACCUCUCCUCUUCGGCUCCGCCAAGCUGAUAUGGGCUCUCACUCGGUCGUGUAAGUGCCAGGAGAAAAAAGACGAAUGCAGCACAAAGAAGCAACGAAACAAGAAACGAAAGAAAGAAAAAAGAUAGAUAGAAAGAAAGACCUUCGCGAUAUGGCGCAAGGAACGCGUUCAGGAGCACCGUUACAUCGCUCGAACGUCUCGACUUCCUUUCUAUAUUCGUCGCCAACGCAGUCGCGCCGAUACAGCGCCUGAGCGUGUCUUGUGUGUGAAGGCACCCUAGCGCCGAAGGCGCCAGUUGAAACGCUACCGAACGACGAGGCUAUUAGCUGCUCGGGAGACCGUCGCCGAACUGCGAUCACCACCGACAACGGUUGCUUGCAGAGCCAGUGCUUCCGUUACACGCUGCUGGCAUCGCGAUUUCUUUUUUCACGUGGGGCGCGAGGAAACAAGAAGAAGAAGAUGGUGAAGAGUUGCCAGUGAGGUGUUGGUGGCGUGCUGCGCAACAAGUCUGUGUUUUCAAGUACGACCAGGUCGUUCGAGCUCACGUGCCGUGGCAACGAUUGCGGGAGAGCGUUGGAAGCACUACGUGUGGAGGCAUCAGUGGAGCAGACCACCGCAAUACUCAAGUGACCGGUGAAAGGAGAGAGAGAGAGUUGACCAAAUUUGAAGUAAAUUCAAAUUCGGUGAACUGUGAGCAAGGUUGUGGCUAAGAACAAUCUCGUGUGCGAAGACGCGUGCUUUGAAGAAUUCCUUUAGCCAAGCCAAGACACUUCAGCGAGUAAGCUCAGAAGGGUGAGCUCCGCUAUUAGCCUGCUUGUCUAGCGAAGAAACGGCGGCCACGUUCCUCAAGUGUCCCCACGGUCACGACUCCUCGCGAAAGGUCGUGAAACGCCGCAGGAAUCUCGAGCGCCAAUGGAUAAAGUGCACUGAAGAGGUUGCGCUGUAAGAGAGACCUCGAAAUAGAAGUGGCCGGGCAAAGCAUCAGCGGCAGCUGUAGCGUUUCAAAUUGUCCUUGAGACGCAAUUGAAGAGAUAUACAGUUGUCCGAGGGGGCAACUCGUAAAAAGAGAGCCGCCUUGAGAAUGUCCACUCGUCGAAAAGGUGCUCGACCCAAGGAGCGAAGGAAGACACGAGUUGGUGGGGCAACGGCUUCGGGUCCAGCGAACUGCAUCGCCGAGUGAACGACAGCGUUACUGUGGCAGUCGACCGGACGAUAUGUAAAGGUUCUAAGAGGUGGCUGGCCUUCUUCAUUGCCGAAAACGGCGAUAGUGCAAGGACCGCGAGAGGCACCGGAACCACAGCGCUUGCGGCACGUGCUUUUAGAUCAACGGUACUAGAAGGAUAUUUUUUUAGUGCCUCUAUCACUCAUUGGGCCCAUAACGAAGCAUAACCCCGUUACAACAGCGUCUUGCGCUACUCAAACCCAAGUUCGAGAGACCUACGCAGCCGCAAACUGAAUUGGAAGGUGUGCUUACGUUUUCAGAAUAUAGAAAACCACCCCACCCGCGUCCCGUUCUACAAAGCAAGACAAAAAGGAUUGACAAAUGCAGUCAGUCACGUUUGGCAACGACGCAAGACUAUAGGGAAGGGAGAUAGAUACUUCCAGACAGAAGCGCUUCGCCGCAAGAAACGUGCUUCCGAGGCUGACCGAAGACGUCGAUUAUCCCGCUGGACUACCCCGCUUUGCGAAAGAGCCCCUCGCAUGACCAUCUCGACUAUUACUGGGUGACGACACGUAACGUCGCUCGUCACAGCUCAGACUGUAGCGAGAAAGAAACGCGAGAACUUGCGCACACUCGUCCAUCACGCGCUCGAAGACCUCGAUGAAAGAUUAGGCAAGCCACACAGCAGAACCACACAGUUAGGCGCAGCCGCCGUGCAAGGUCGGGAUUCUCCCGUACGCUCUGGCGAGCGACCAAGGAGAAGAGUCCGGGAGCUUAAACAAAAAUCAUCAAGAUUGAUCGAAGACAGCGGUUGCCCAUUAUUUCGCCGCCUAAAGCCACCUGCAAGCACCGACGUCGCUGGGAAGCGAAGUGCGCGGCCACGCCGCCGACGCUGCAGGGAAGACCGACGAAGCUCGCAACAACUGUGUUGUGCAUCUGUCGCCUUUCACUCUGCUGCCACGCGGCUAAGCCUCGCAAUUUGCGUCGAGGGCUUCGCGCCAGCUGCGAGACAUGGACGCUCGCGCCGACGCGGCCGCGGCCGCCGCCGGGUCGCCGUGCGUCUUCGACGACUACCGGGCGAGCGAGCCGUUUUUAGGAGUCGCGGCAACUCCGAAGGCCCAGUCCGUGUGCUGUGAUCUGCCAGCGAAGCUGCCCGGCAACAGCGAGAAAGAGCAACAGGCCAACCAAGAGCAGGCCGCUGCUGCAAACACGGCCGGAGCCAAAGCCAAUGACAUAAGCUUCCUUCCGGUCCUCCUGGCGGCGAGCAUCGCCUCCCUGGGAGGCAUCCUAUUCGGCUACGAUUCCGGGAUCAUAGCCGGGGCUCUGCUGCAAGUUAGAGAGAUCUUCGACCUUUCGUGCGACGUCCAGCAGCUGGUGGUCGGAAGCGUGUUUUUCAGCGCGUUCGUGACCUCAUUUUUCGGAGGUGUCCUGGUCGACAAUCUUGGACGCAAGAGGGCGCUCCUGCUGGCCACCGCCCUCUUCUUGGGCGGGUCGGCGCUGCAGAGCGUGAGCACGGGCCUCGCCAUGUUCGUGACGGCGCGGUUCAUCACCGGGUUCGCCAUCUCGCUGUCGACCACAGCGCAGUGCACCUACAUCGCCGAGAUAUCGCCUGCCGUCCAUCGCGGCCUGCUCAUGUCCCUGAGCGAAGUGGGCAUCACCGCCGGCUUCUUGUUCGCUUACAUGAUCAACUACGCCUUCAUCUCCUACGAGAAUGGCUGGCAGCUCAUGUUCGGGGUCGCCACGUUGCCGGCCCUGCUGGAACUGGUGGGCACGCUGUUCCUGCCACAGAGCCCGCACUUCCUCGUGCUCAAGGGACGCCACGAUGAGGUACGUUGUUACGCUUGAGAAAUAUUGCAAGUGUACUCACA